CGACGAAUCGUGACCUCUUUGUCGGCUGGGUUGCAUCGUCCACUGAAAAACGCUUUAUUUUCCCCCAAAAUUGACCAAUCGCCCCAAUAUUUUGGCGUAUUUCGAAACUUAAAGUGUUCUAGAACCUCUUUAUCGCCUCACUGACUCGGUAAGGUGUCGUUCGUGUGGUCUUUGGCCACUCAGGAAUCCUCCUUGUUUUUCCGCCAAAAUUCAAGAUGCCUCUUUUACGUCGUCAACUAUUUGUGAAAGUGAAACCCCCUCCUGGGUUAAAACCCAGUGACGAAGUCUUCCACUGCAAACUGACGAACGAAAUAUUCACUGACUAUGAUCAAUUCUUUGAAAGGAUCAUCCUCUGUAACAGCCUUGUGUGGACAUGUGCAGUCACAGGCAGGCCUCAGCUGACCUACCAAGAAGCGCUGGAAUCUGAAGAAAAAGCAAGGAAACAUCUCUUGACAUUUCCAAAGGUGUUCCAACGACCAAUGCUUUGUCUGGCCUCUAUGACCUAUAGAAGUCGCCUUGGUGAUCUCAACGAUGAUAUCUUCUUGUUCACGAAGGACCGAUACUUUGUGGGGGAGGUGGUUGAGGUUUUCCAUAGGAAUUCUAGAAAACUGGGCACAGUUCUCAAUGUUAUUCCGCCAAAGGAGAGACCAAAAGUCGCAAAGAAACCACCCACCCCUAAGAAGCCCAUUCCUGAUGACACUAGUGACAGUGAUGUCAAGAUAAUAGAAAAGCCAGACCUCAUUGAUCUCACACUCUCUGAUAGUGAACUUGAUGAUGGCAGUAAAGACAAGAAGAAAGUUCCUGCCACUCCACCUAGAUCCAGUCCAAAGGGCACUCCAAAGUCGACACCUAGGGCUACCCCUUCCAGUUCUUUCUCGUCACCGGAGAGGUUUACAAAGAAUAAAACAAUUGAUCCAGAUCGAUACAGUUACCUCGUGAAGUUACAUGAUGAUAAGAAAGAUGCUAUCACAAUUAAAGCCUGUCAUGUUAGUCGCAAGAAGGGCACGUUUACAAGGGACAAGUGUAAAUUGUUCCUAAAACAACAUUGCGAGUCCGGGAAUGGCAUCUGGAGAGUCAAGCCUAAAUAUGUGACUACCCUGAUGAUUAAUGAUGACGCAUGGAAUGAUAUCUUCGCUGGGCCUCGUCCUGCUUUUGGCCGAGCCGAACUCAAGAAGAAGGCUGGAAAGAUGACCGGCAGUGCGGAGAAAUUUUUCAAGAGUAAGAAAGAAGAAAAGAAACAAAAGGAGAGAGAAAAGAAAGAAAAAGAGGUGAAGAAGAAAUUGGAAGAAGAAGCCAAAGCAGCAAAGCGCAUAGAAAAGUUGGAAAAAGAGCAGGCCAAGCAGAAAUUGACCCCUGAAGAAAGGGCUGCGAUUGCGGAGAAGAUCAAGCAAGAGAAGCUGGAGUUAAAGCUGAGAUUGAAGGAAGAAAGGACGAAAAUGAUGGAAGAAGUGAGAGCAAAGAAGAAAGAGGAGAGGGACAAGGAGAGAGAAAAGCAGAAAGAAGAACGACGGAUCCAGGCUGAGUUUUACAAAGAAUGGAGUAGGAUUCGUGAUGAUAUGGAGUGUGAUGACCUCAGGCCCCUCCCUGAGCCUGUUCCAGUUGGCACCCAGAUCCCACAGGAGGUAUUUGGAGAUGUCAUUAUGCUUCUUGAAUUCCUCCAUCACUUCGAGUCGCUGUUUGAUAUCACAGAAACAAUCCAGAAAGGCAUCGAUCUUGAACUGAUAGAGAAGGCGUUAUUGGACACCGAGACGAAUGGCACCUGGUACGACCUGCUGAAGCUCCUCCUGACCACCAUCUUCAGUCUUCAGGAGGAAGAGGAAGAAGAGGAGUCUGAGCAAGAGAGGAAUAAUCACGGUGGCAUUCCUGGAGAUAUACCAGAGGGGAUAGAUGAAGACAUGUCUGAUGUCUCAACUCAAUAUCUAAUCCAGUCCGCGACAGCAGCAGCUCAAUGGCCGGUACUCUACCAAGGCACACCCCUGUCAAAGCUGUCUAUAGACUCCUUCACCCUCACUGAGAUCCUACGGUUACACUUCCUUUCCUCGGGUGCCCGGGCGAGUGCCCUCAAUGCCAAGUUCCGGUACCAGCAGCGGGGUGGCUACACAUCGCUUGACGACGCUGGGUUGGAGUUCAGAAAGGAACAGCCUGCUAUCAUCAAAGCACUUGGGAAUGGAAAUGUGUUUGAUCUGGGGCCAAGAGACAAAAUGAAGAUCGUACAUGCCUUGCUAGGACAGGCGCUAACUUAUGCUGUGGCUCGUGAUGUUGUUGAAGAAGGUUACGAGAAAGCUAAACAGCUGAGGAUUGAUCUGCGGUCAUUGCAAGCUGGUGAACAGAAGCGGGAGAGAGAAGAGGCAACAGCUAGAUGGAAGCGUCGAAUGGAGGAGCGAGCUAAGGAGAAAGAACGCGAAGCUGAGCGCAAGGCGCAAAGACAGAAGGAGAAGGAAGAACAGCUUCUGGCUGCAGCACAGCAAAAAGAAGAUGGGGCAUCAGCAAAGUCAGUUGAAAAGCCUCUAAAUCCAGAGGAUGUUCGGACAAGUGGUCGUCUCAAGCAGAAGAAAAUCGGCAAAGAGGAAAAACAAAUUGAAGAAUUACUUGAAGAUUAUGACAAAUUAAAGGAUCUUGACCCGGCCAAUUUGACUGAACGUCAAAAACAAAUUGUUGAGGCAAAACGGGCCGAGUUUGCAGCAAAACGGAAAGAGGAGAUGCUGGAGCGAGAACAAGAGUUCCUUGAUGAGAUUUAUGAGGUUCAGAGUUCCUUUGCUGUGUACCCGAUUGGUCGCGAUCGUUUGUAUCGCCGCUACUGGGUGUUCAAGUCUUUACCUGGUCUAUUCAUUGAGGAUGACGAGGAUUUCAUAACAAGUGAUUGUUUGAAACCUGCUGAACAAAAUCAAGUCGUCGUCUCGAAUCAAGGUGUUCCGAUGAAGACAUCGGGGGUCCAAAUUUCAGAGAAAGUAGUGAGUACUGGAAGCGACAAGGAAAAUGAUUCUUUUGAAGGAAAGUUGCCAAAUGGUCUCGAUAGUGGUAAAUCUGUGCUUGGAUCAGACGAUGGAAACAAACGGACAGAUCUACUGAAUGUGGCUCAGGCAGAGAAAAUGGAUGUGGACGUGAAAUUGCCGGACAUUGAGAAUAGGGCAGUUGAGCAGAUUGUUAACCGGAGUCACAUACACUGGUCUUUCUACAAUACUGUGGACGAUCUUGACCAGUUAUUGAAUAGUUUAAACAAACGUGGGGCAAGGGAAAGUGCUCUGCGUCUGGCAAUUUUGGAGCAAAAGGACCAUAUUAUCAAAAGCAUGCAGCUCUGCCCUGUUGAUAUCAUAACAUGCCAUGAAUCGCAUCAGUUUGAGAAUCCCAAUCCAAAAGAACCACAGCGGACUUUCAUGAACAUCAAAUCACGAAAUAAGUUCACUCAGGGAAGUGUGAAAAAUAACACAGCUCAGGAAUUUAUUGAAUUGAAUCUUCGGGAAUCACUGUUAGAUUUAGAGGAGAGGAUAUUCCAUGGCAGUCUUGGGGCCAUUAAGGUUAAAGACCGCCUAAAGUGGCGUGAUGCGAUUGAGCAGGGAGGAUACGAUCGACAACUCGAUGAUAUACAAUUAAAUGGCAAGGAUGAGCAGGUCAAGAUGGAAACUGAUGAUGGAGCUUCUGUGACAUCGUCAGAUUUUGAAGAAAAUCAAGUGGUGAAAGACAUGUCCCAGGCAUUGCUACAGCUGGCUCGAGGUUUGGAGCCGAAAUACCUCGGUCCUCCUCUUGGUGAAGAGGAUACAAAGAAGAAAGGCAAAACGAAAGCAGCUCUCAAGGCACUGGCCAAGAGGAAGGAGGAAAAAGAGGAAGCCGAGAAAGAUGAUAUAUCUGAUGACGGCAAGGGUGCUAGGACACCAAUGGAGAAAUGGGAGGAAUCGCUUGCCACCGUGAGCGGUCUUUCACAGAUCUUUGUUCAUCUGUCCACGUUAGAAUCCAGCGUCACAUGGUCCAAGUCUGCUCUUCACGCCCAGUGUCGGAUUUGUCGGAGAAAGGGAGAUGCGGAUAAGAUGCUCCUGUGUGAUAUCUGUGAUCGUGGUCAUCAUAUGUUCUGUCUCAAGCCGCCAGUCAAGCACAUUCCCACAGGUGAUUGGUACUGCACCCAAUGUCGACCAAAGAAUGUUGCACGUAGUCCACGUAAAGCUCGUAGAACGUUUGUCGAUACUGAAUCAGAGGAGGAGGUCGAUUCAUCCGAGGAGGAAGAGGAGGAGGAUAGUGAUGAUGAUAAAGACAGUGAUGAGGAGGAGGCUGAUAGCUCUGAUGAAGAGGCUGACAGUGAAGACAAUGAUGAUGAUGAUGAUGAUGAUGAUGAUGAUGAUGACGAAGAUAUGGAAGACGACGACGAUGAUGAAGAUGAUGACGACAGUGAAGAAGAGGAGGACGUACCACCUACUCCUGCCAAAAUCAAACUUAAAGGAAGGUUCAAUAAAAAAGCCGAGCCCAGGAGAAGUAGUGGUAAGGGAGCACCUACUGCUAGUGCUAGUUCAUCAAGAAGGGGAACUCCAACCAUGGAGGGAAGGAAUUCAAAGAAGAAUACUCCUAAUGAUAGGAAGAGUGGCUCAAGGCUGAGUAAAGGUGGUUCGCAGCCUAAUUCUGCCUCCAAGCUUAAUAAGAGGAAGUCACAAGAUAUGAAUGGCAGUGUGGAUAGUGGACCUACAGCUAAAAAGACCAAGAGGGUCUCCUUAGAAGUAGAAGCCAAACCAAAAGCAAAGAGCAGUUUCCGAAGCAACGAAACAUUCCAGCAGAUCAACCAAUGUGAGGAGCUCGUGAUGGAGCUUGUUAAGCAUGAGGACUCCUGGCCAUUCCUAAAGCCUGUCUCAAAAAGAGAUGCUCCAGACUACUUCGACAUUAUCAAGAAGCCAAUGGACUUCUCCACCAUUCGUGCUCAGAUGAACAAGUUCAUUUACACAGAACCCUCUCAAAUCAUUGACGACGUCCGUUUAGUGUUCAGUAACUGCGAAAAGUACAACCUGCCCACUGCUAAGGAAUUCAAACUCGGGCAGAAAUUGUCGAAAGUAUUUGAGAAAAAGGUCAAGGAUUUGAAAUUGGACAAGCCUGCGAGUCAGGGGAAGGGUAAAAGUGGUAAGUCGCCACAAGUGGAGGAGGCUAGCAGUAGCAGCAGGCGAAGUUCACGCCAUUAGGGCUUACCCAGAAUUCUGGCUAACGAAGGGUCCUAACAGAAUUCUGGCUAACAUGUGCACGUGAUUAGUUGUGUAUGCAUCAUGGGCUUGUGAUGCUGAAUGAAAUAAAUGAUAAAGAUGUAAUGGUUCACCUUGACAUUUGGGACUCGUAGCAUUGGGAAUAGUCGACAACUAUCUAAUAUUGAUACUUGCUUCAAUAGACCUCAUGGCAUCAAGAUCAGGGAUACAGGGUAAACUGGUGGUGUUGGGGGGGGGGGGGGGGGGGGGGCACCUGCUGGUUUGGGUAAUCAUAUUGAUUAUUGAUGUAUUAAUGGCAAAUCUGUAUGAAAGUAUUGUGAAGGUCUUCCAAGUUGCUCUCUGGAAAGUUGCGUCAGGUUUGAUCUGGUUCUUAUAUUCAGAUUAAUUGUUCUGUAAACUUCAAGCCUUUUGUAAUUACCAAGACCUAAAACAUUGAAGCCUUGUAUGAAGCCAAUACUUGUGGCGUUUGAAAAAUCACUUGAAUCUUUGAUGAAGUCGGCCUUGUCUGUAUUGUCUCAUUCGACAUGUUCAAAUGUUGAAGGGUCAGCAAGAUCUCUUAUUCACCUCUAGCAAUAGUCAGAAUAUUCUUGAUGUUGAGAACUGAUGGUUGUUGGGGCUGUGAAGGUAUAAUAAAUUGUGGACUUUCUAUUUUCUAAUAUUUGUAUAAUCGACUGGUUUGUAUAAAGAUGGUCAGUAAUGCACUUUGUUGCUUGGGUGGUGGUGUACAUAACACGGUUCACAAAUGUAAACAUCAUAAUCUGAUCUCGUAAUCGAAUGCAAAGUAAUUUUCCCGUUCUCAAAGCAGAGUAAAGAAUUUUUUUCUCUGCCAACACAGAUGACCAUUAUACCAUGUGGCCACAGGCAUGUGAAGGUACUGAUAUCAACAGAUCAAUUAGUGCUCACUCAGUCCCAGUGAAACUUGCAGAAACGCUCAUAAACCUGAACAUGGAAGAGUGAUUUUGCUUUUGUAGGUUGGUGUAUCAAUUUAUUAGAGGCUGAUCAAACUUUAUGAUUCUAGUAUGUUCAAGUGCUUGUGGUUACUCCAAGUUUCUUGCAUUUAUUAUGAUGACCAUUGUCUCGUGUUUGAUCUGUAUAUAAUUGAAUGAUGGUCAUCCAGUAAUCAUCGUCUCAGUUUGCUGUUGCACUCCCAGCUAGUUAUUUUUAAGGAUGCCAUCUUUUAAACUAAAGAAUUCCAAUGAUCCAAAUACAACGUAGUUUCCAAAGCCACUGCUGUCAAGGCUAUCACAUUUUUGAUGAGGCAUUGUUGCCGACGACAUGUGCAUGUUAUCCAAGUUGUCAAAAUAGCACUGUUAGUUUGUGUAAUUUUGGUAAGAUUUUUCAGUUUCCUUUUGGACUUGUACUAUGUAAAUCAAUUCAAAUUCAGUAUGAUAUCUUGAGCUAUAAUGCUUGGUGUGGCGCACUCAUUCAUAUCAUUUGUACAUGUAUCGUGAUUGCAUUUUGUAGAAUCCAUGGAUUGGAA